CUCUGAUUUCGGCUGCUCAAGGUUGUCUGAAGCAAGAAAAUUCGAGUGCACCCUUUUUUCUGAGAUAGUUUGGAAUCUUCACGCCACCUGUUUCUAGUUCUUCUUUCCAGAUUCUCUGAAUAUGAAGCUUCAGUGAUCAAUGAUAUCUGUCUGUUGCUAUUCUUAGGAAAUAUUCUGUCGGACGUAUUGCGUCGCUUAGCUUGGCGAUGGUUGCAGUUUCUUGGAAGUUUUACAUCGUACAUGUUAUAAACAAAUGAACUGUAAAUGGAUCUGUGGAAAAGCAUCGAGAGAAAUCUAUCCUGGUUUGACUUAUCUCCAGAAGUGCGUAUGCAGCUGAAUGAUGAUCCCAAGAAGUAUGAAGAACAGAUUUUGUUACACAGUUUUCGAAACCAGUUACGCUAUUCUGGAAAUAUUGUACAAUUGGUAUGCAAAGCAUUUAGAUAAUUUCAACUUAAGGUCAUAAAACGUGAAAAGAAAUACUACGAGAAACUUGUUGAUUAUGGAAGAAAACAUUAUCUUCUAUAUCCAUACCACUUACAAGACAAAAUAGUCCGUGGUUUACAAAUCACUCAGUUUGUCUACUACCGCCACAUGAUUAUUGAUCUGAUUUCAACCGAAAAGUCAUAUGAUUGUCUCCCGAAUUUUACUGCAGCAGAUUGCUUGCGCCUGUUGGGAAUUGGAAGAAAUCAGUACAUUGAACUUGUCAAUACCUACAAGAGUUUCCUGUCGUCUAUAGGCCCUGAUGAAAAUGAAGUUCAGGGACUUCUUUGUGAUAUUCUACCAUCACAGCCGAUUGAUAGAGUCGUAUUUGAAUCCUGGUAUAUAGUUCGUAUAGGAUCAGUUAUGUUAUCUGAUAUACAAACAUCUACGGAUUCCGAGCGUAUGAUGAUCGACCAGCUUAUAGACGCUGAAAAAGCAAGUGAAUUGGAGGAAACCAAUCAAGUUAGUUCCGGAAUUCCGGUUAAAGAUCUUGAUCAAGAUAUCCUCAAACGACUUUACCUUCGUGGUUUGGUUUACAUUGAUAUUCCAGUAUCUUGUGACGAUAAGAUAUGCGUUCCUACACUUGAGGGCUUCGUAAUGAAUCGUAUCAGUGGAGAUACUAGAGAAAAUCUCCUGUACAAGAUUUUUGUUACGGCUGACGAGAAUACAUCAGUUAGUGAACUAGCCGAGUGUCUACAAGUCGAUGUGAACUCAGUAAAACAAGCUGCUUCUAUAUUUUGUCGGUUAGGGUUUGCUCAGAAGCGGAUUGGACAUCCAGAAAGUCGUACGAAGUCUUUCAAAAUUCCAAUAUCUAGUAAAGAUUCCGUUAUGUCACUACAUGCAGAAAACCCAGUUGUCGACACAAACUUGGGUUCUUUUUCAUGUGUAGACGACCACUCUCAACAACAAAAGAAGUUGGUACUGAUAUUUGAUUCGACCAUCACAGCUUAUCUCAUGAUGGGUAACUUGUCAUCAAACUUGAAACCUCAUGCAGUUACAAUGUUUGAGGUCGGGAAAUUAUCAGAUGAUUCACUGAAUUCUUUCUUAUUUGAACUAAAUCAUCUUGCCCCUGUUUCGGAAGGCGAAGCCGGAGUUUAUCGUGAGCAUGCUCUAAAUUUACGCGAAACAAUCCAUUUUUUGCGUAAUCAGGCUUCAUUAGACUCAACAGACCUUUGUGGUGUUGAUUUAAUUAGAGGCGGUUCGUUGUUAAGCUUAGAACCCGAAACACGAAUACGUGUCCUGCACAAAAACUAUAACUUAAUUGUAAGCCUUAUUCCCUCAACCUAUGAAGACCAACAAGCUUUUGACUCCCAAUGGCCACCACAUUUAGGACCACCUAUUUCAGAAGCUAAUUCUCCAUGGUUUGGCUUUUACAUUUCUUGUAUUGCAAGCAACGCAAUCCAGACAAAACAGAAUGCGUGUGUUAAAGUUUUGCCUACUCUUUUGAUAACAUGUGGUACUAGGAUAUCUCAUCUUCCAUCAGCUUUACGAGGUAUCUCAUGCUUCUGGCUUACUGCAUGGGGUCAUGACGCUGUAGUGGUGGACUCAGUUAAUUUUUUAACUACAGUAAAUGAUAUGCUGCUAUCAUCACCUGUACUUAUCCAAGCCAUUGAAAGUUAUGAAAUCGAGGAAAAUUUAUCUCAAAGAUAUAUCCCUUUACCUAUUUCCAAGGAAUUUCUACAAAAUUCAUCCAAUUGUAUACCUGAAUUUAUGAUGCACAUCAUGAAGGUUAUUAAUUUAACCUAUGUUUCCGGAUACAUCAUAGUACUGGCUCCGACGAACAAGUGUGAACCUGAUCAAAAUUUGAAUGCACUAAGUUCGGAAGACCAAAUCUUUUUAUCAGAUAACACAGAUUCUGUUUUGCAACAUGACCAACAAAAAAGUGAAUAUAAUCCUUCUGGAAAAGCUGUUUUAGUCGAAAAUGAGUUACUCACAAUCAUGAAUGAGCAUAAACCCAUUUAUUUUAUUACUUUACGUUUAGGUUUGCCCAUUUUUAACGUGGAAUUAAAUCGUGCGGUUUGUGCUCAAAUUUCUAGUCAAAAUUUAUUGUCCACUAAUAAUCGCAGUCAUCUCAAAGCUACUAAUCGUCUGCUUGUUACAGAAUUCACAAAAUUUAUUUUUGAUGACUGUUUCGGUUUGUUACCAAACCCAAAUCAAUGUAGUUAUUCAACACUUGUUACCAGUUCUGGUGGUAAUUUUCCUGAUACUUGGCCCCUUCCAACGAAAAGUAUGAUGUGCGCCAAUGGUACUUUGUCUUUUAUUUAGGCUUUUUUUACUAUACCUAAUAAUAUUCAAUCUGCAAUCAUGUUUGAUUGUAACACGUACAUAUCUAUUUUAUUGUUUCUAUUAAUAUUUCUGUUACUUUUUGUGUGAAUCAUUCGUUAUUUAAAUAUUAUUUAGUUUCUUUCUCUUGUAAUUUUCAUUUUUGUUUAUCUUUUCGCUUUUUUUUGGUUAAUUUAACUCUGAAAAUAUAUAUUGCUGUCCAUAUGACAACAGAACGUAUCGUUCAAUCAGUUCCCUCAAGUGGCUUCUGACAAAAUCAAGUUCUCUAUAUAUUAUGAAAUACAUAUUGAAUAUAUCAGUAAUCAUUAUGAACUUGGCCGUUAGAUUGCAGCAGUUUCAAACAAGUUACUGAACCCUAUCGGAAAGUAUUUUUAACUAAUAUUAUUUUGCAACCCACUUACAACCUGUAAACCCAAGUGACAUGUUAUUUUUACAUUUAUGACCGUUGAUUUCUAAUCAGUUUCUAAGUUGCACCAUAAUUCCAUAGCUUUCAUCUCAGCUAACUCCACAUCAAUAACAUAACAUAGUAAUUUUAAUGACAUCAUAGUAUCCGGGCUGUUGCUCAUCCAUUAGUAUUCAGGUAAUAAAAAAGUAGAGAAAAUUCAACAAAGAAUACUACUUUUUCGAAAAUAUCGUUUACCAAAGCUGUAGUUGAACAAAU